AUGCGGUCCAAGACGCUCGAGGGCUACCUGCCCCAGCCCUUGCACGCCUAUGUGGCGGCCGCAUACGAGGCUCUGCCGCAGCAGCUGUGCCGCCUGCCACACAAGGAGAUCGCGGCCCUGCCAAACGCCUUCAAGGACCAGGUCUGCCCCAUUGCAAACAUCUUCAAGCCGGCCUUUGGUGGCAUAGGGCUCGCAACCUGGGGCAUGCUGGGCGCGCAGAUCUCAAUGGGCAUGAACGUCAGCGCCAGGGGGCAGUUUGGCGGCAGCGGCAAUGCCGCGCCAGCAUACCCCGACGCGCCCGCGCCUGGCGACGAGCUCCUGAGCCCCGCCGCCGGGCUGCCGCCAGCGGCCGUCGACAACGCCAGCAACGAUCAUCACCUGGAGUACAAGGUCAACGCCACCUGGCUGACGGAACAGCAGGCAGCGUACCAGGCGGCCGCCGACGCGGAUGCCGCAGUCGGCAAGCGCGUCUUUUCUUGGCUGGCACGCACGUGCCACACACUCUACUCCCCUGAGACCGCCUGCAACGCCAGCACGGCGGCGGUCCUGAACUCCUCAAUGGACCUGUGGGAGGCGUAUUCCGCGCUGAAGCCGCGAGCCUCGCCCUCAGAAAUGGACCUGUUUUCACUGCGCGUGGACGCACGUCGCUUCGCAUCCGUGUCGGCGCUUGCAGCGGCGCUCAGGGCUAUGCCCGCUGAGCGCCGCGCGGCACUCGCAACUGCGAUGGCCGGGCCGGCGGCUGGCCUGGCGGCGCGCAUCCGUGCGAUGCCGCCGGCGGCGGCGCUCGCCCUGUUUGGCCCGCUGUCGCCCUGGAUGUGCGUCCCCUCCCUGGAGGCUGUCAGAGAGGAAGUGCACGGAGACCUCUUGGGAGCCCUGCGGAUGCUAGGGAUCGCGGUCGUGCGCUUUAGCCUGCGCCUGGACGAGCCGUCGGCACUGGUGGGCGCCGUGCUGGGGGACUCGGCAGCCCGGCCCGCACUGCAGGCUGCUUGCGCGGCCGUCAAAGACGCGCGUGCUGCUGUGGCCAACGCGACUGAGUCGGAGCGUGCCGCUGUGGGCAAGGCGGCCGGCGCCGUGCGCAAGGUGGUGGAGAAUGUAAGGACUGCAGUUGCGCGGGUGCGUGGCAAGUCGUUGCCGCCGGUGCCUGCGCUGGAUGUCGCCUGGGAAAAGCCACAGAAGGACCCCCUUCCUGCGGUUUCUGGCUAG